AAGGAGCAAGCAUUAUGCCUUUCAAACCUAAUCAUUUGGGUUGGUGUGCGUGAGUACUCCCAGUUACUUACCAAAGCAAAGAUAUGGCGGUCUCCACUCUCUCCGCUGCUCAAACCCCUCUUUUGGAUGACGCAGUAGACGGCUCUCUUGACUACAAGGGCCGCCCCCUCCGCAGAUCAAACUCCGGCGGUUGGAGAUCCGCUUCUUUCAUCAUAGCUGUAGAAAUCGCUGAGAGAUUUGCUUAUUAUGGGAUUGCUUCGAACCUCAUCACUUACUUGACGGGGCCCCUGGGCGAGUCCACUGCCACCGCUGCUGCACAAGUCAACGCCUGGUCUGGGGCUGCCUCGCUCCUCCCACUUUUGGGUGCAAUCAUUGCUGAUUCUUUUCUGGGCCGAUUCCGCACCAUCAUUCUUGCUUCUCUUCUUUACAUUUUGGGGCUAGGCUUGUUGACUCUGUCAGCCACUCUUCCUUCUGUCAGUACUUCUGGUGGCCAAAAUGCAGAUAACGUCACAUUAAGUUCUUCUCUUCAGUUUCAAUUGAUACUAUUCUUCUUCUCACUGUACUUAGUAGCAUUUGCGCAAGGUGGGCACAAACCAUGUGUUCAAGCUUUUGGUGCGGAUCAAUUUGAUACACAAGACCCAGAGGAGUGCAAAGCCAAGAGUUCAUUCUUUAAUUGGUGGUACUUUGGUAUGUGUGCUGGCACUUUGAUAACUCUUUGGGUUUUAAACUACAUCCAAGACAAUCUUAGUUGGGUUCUUGGUUUUGGGAUACCCUUUCUCAUGAUGUCUGUUGGACUGGUUGUUUUUCUGCUUGGAACAACAACUUACCGAUUUAGUGUCAAAGGGGAUGAAGAAAGCCCAUUUAUGAGAAUUGGUCGAGUGUUCAUUUUGGCAGUUAGGAAUUGGAAAACAGCAUCUUCAGCAAUUGCUGCAGAGGAAGAAGCUCAAGGAACUCUUCCAACAGAAAGUUCCAAGCAAUUCAAAUUCCUCAAUAAAGCGUUGCUUGCCCCAGACGGUUCAAAGGAGCAGGGAAAGGUGUGUAGCAUCAGAGAGGUUGAAGAAGCAAAGGCUGUUAUAAGGCUUGCACCAGUAUGGGCUACAAGCUUGUUUUAUGCAGUCGUCUUUGCACAAUCAUCGACUUUCUUUACCAAGCAAGGAGCUACUAUGGACAGAUCGAUUACGGCAGGGCUUGAAAUGCCUGCUGCUACCCUUCAGUCAUUCAUCAGCCUUUCCAUAGUUCUUUUCAUUCCUAUAUAUGACCGCAUAUUUGUUCCUUUAGCAAGAGCGAUGACUGGGAAUCCAUCUGGAAUUACAAUGCUUCAAAGAAUUGGAACGGGAAUGCUUCUAUCUGCUACAGCUAUGGUAGUUGCUGCUUUAGUAGAGAUCCAGAGGCUUAAAACUGCUCGAGACUAUGGGUUGGUAGACAAGCCAAAUGUCACGGUUCCAAUGAGUGUGUGGUGGUUGAUCCCUCAAUACGUUCUGUAUGGAUUGGCGGAUGUGUUCGCUAUGGUUGGUCUUCAAGAAUUUUUUUAUGAUCAGGUGCCAAAUGAAUUAAGGAGUGUCGGUCUUGCGCUCUACCUUAGCAUCUUUGGUGUUGGAAGCUUCUUGAGUAGCUUUCUCAUCUCUGUGAUUGAGAAUGUGACUGGUGGAGAUGGCCGAGAUAGCUGGUUUGCAAAUAAUCUGAAUAGGGCACACCUUGAUUAUUUUUAUUGGCUGCUUGCCGCAUUUAGUGCCAUGGGUCUGGCUCUCUAUAUUUGUUCUGCAAAAUUUUACAUUUAUGCCAGGGGAAGUACAUUAUAAAUUUCUUCAGACGUUGUGAUCAGUGUUCUACGUCUCACCAUGACAUCCAUUGUUGUAAAUUGUAACUACAAUAUAUUCUGUUUUACAAUGUGAAAAAUGCAUUGUCAGGCAGUAUCCUUUUUGGUUGGGUUUGGGUUUGCUACUGGGCCUGGCCCUGACCCUUUUCACUUUUUAUAUGUUUAAUUUUCAAAAUUUCCUUUUCCUAUUUGCCUAAA